AUGCCGCCCCAGGUGAAGAAAGACCUUAACCGCUCCGGCUGGGAGUCUACGGACUUUCCCUCUGUCUGCGAGACCUGCUUGCCCGAGAACCCUUACGUGCAAAUGCUCAAGGAAGACUACGGCGCCGAGUGCAAGAUCUGUACUCGUCCAUUUACCAUCUUCCGCUGGAAGGCCGACCGUACCUCCCGCCAAAAGCGAACCAACAUUUGCCUGACCUGUGCCCGCCUCAAAAACUGCUGUCAAUGCUGCAUGCUGGAUCUCUCGUUCGGCUUGCCGAUCGUCGUCCGCGAUGCCGCCCUGAAGAUGGUUGCGCCGGGUCCGCAGAGCUCCAUCAACCGAGAAUACUAUGCGCAGGAGCACGAGAAAGAGAUCGAGGAGGGCCGUGGCGGAGUCGAAGAGUACGAAAAGACAGACGACAAGGCUCGGGAGCUGUUGCGGCGCUUGGCCAAUAGCGAGCCUUACUAUCGGAAGCCACGACGCAUCGAAGGGCCCCCAGCCGAAGGAGAUGACGGUGAAGAAUCUACGAAAGCCGACCAACCGCGAACACAAAGCCGCUAUGGAAACGGGCCUGGUCCCGUUCGCACCAGUGAGGGCCGCCUUGGAAACCGGCUACCAGGGCGUGGAGGACGAGGCGGCGGCCGUGGUGGUCGUUUCCCUGGUACUGCUCAACUACCGCCAUCGCAAGAGGACAUUCUUCCUCCAGCAGACCCGAACAUCACCUCGCUGUUUGUGACGGGCGUGGAGGACGAUUUGCCCGAGCAUGCGCUGCGGACAUUUUUCACACAAUUUGGCCAGCUGCGCUCGCUAAUCUGCUCCCAUCGGUCUCACUGCGCCUUCAUCAACUACCUCAAUCGGGCCGACGCCGAAGGUGCGGCCCAGCAAUGUCAGGGAAAGGCAGUCAUCCAAGGAUGUCCUCUCCGGGUGCGCUGGGGCAAGCCGAAGCCUCUCGAUAACAUGAAUGACGAAGAGAGAAUGAAGAACGCACGGGAAGGUCGCCAAGCCGCGGGACCGGCUCCCAAGGGUCCGCAAUCCCGACAAAAGGCCAUCACGGCCGCCGGCGCGAAUGCAGACCAGGAAGAGAAUCCUCGCAACUAUACCGUGGCGCCGCCUCCGGGAUCUGGCCCAGUUCAGUACGCAAGCAUGACGGGCGAGUAA